CUCGUAGUCGGACAUAAGGUGCUUUAUUCUCUCCAUUUAGUGCUGCCCUCUAUGUGUCCAUCAAACGACUUCUUAUUUUUAUGUGGCCCGUCUGUCAAGUUGUGUUUCUGCCGCUUGGUAGCGUUGUAUACGCUUGAGCCCGAAAAGUAAAAAAUUAUUACAUUCUUUGAAAAAUACUUGUUUGUUAAUCAUGCCUCGAUGUUCAGCGGCAGGAUGCCGUAACAUGGGGUCACAUUCGUUCCCUAAAGACCCUAAGUUACGAAAAUUGUGGGAGACAGCUACGGGAAAAGACAACUUCAUAGCUUCGAAACAUUCAAGGUUAUGUGCUGAACAUUUUAAGCCGAGUGAUUAUGUUGAAGUAUGUUCAACCACAGGGGCGCCACCUUACCACAGAUGUUUGAAGAAAACAGCUGUUCCAUCAGUUUUUCAACAUAAAAGUAAUAAGAGACUCAGAAGAAGAAUUAAGUGCAAAACUGAGCCUGACAUUGCAAGAACUGAAACGAAGGUGAAAGAAGAAAUGAAGGUAAAGGAAGAAACAAAGGAUGUAGUUGAAAACACGCCACAACCAGUCCAACCAGAGAAUGAAUCUCAAGAAGGAAACACAUCGUUUCGAGACAAAUCGCAGAGGUUAAAGAACAAAAAAGCUUUCUUGGCGAAACGGUCAAAAUGUACAGUACCUCAGUGUAAUGGAGAAGUAUCUAGUGAAAUAUCUUUACAUCUCUGCCCCAAUAACCCAGCCGUGAGAAAUGAAUGGGCCGAAGCUUUCAACGUUAGGUACUCUUAUGUCAAAACCUUGGUUGCGUGCAGUCAACACUUCACCAAGCUGGAUUUUAUUCAGUCAAAAAAUUCUGAGCGUGUAUUGAAACACAAUGCAGUGCCCUCCCGUAAUCUACCUAAAAAAGACACAGAUUUAAAAAGUAACUGUGUGAAGAAGUAUGUCCCGAGCUCAGUUAAGAAAAGUAAUUUUCAAAAGCAGAUAAUGAAUAAUAAUGCAAGCGACGAAGAUCCACCGGAGGAGAAAGAAGAGAAAGUGUUACAGGAAUGUCGGGCUUGCUUGAAGAAGUUAAAUGAUAAACAAAGUGUUUGCAACAUAUUCCAGCCGUGGGCUCUGCCCUGGAAGGGUAUGGAGCCCACCAUAGCUGAGGAUUUGGCAAAAUUAGCCAACAUUGAGGUAUCACAGACAGACAGACACACAAAAGUCCUAUGUGAACCGUGUUAUCAGAAGUUACGGGAUGCAGCAACAUUUGCCUCCGCAGUGAGGAACUGUGACCUGGUACUCAGAAUGCGGUUCACAGCUGAGAUAGACAUGGAAAGGGUUUGGCCAAAGCCCAUUCAAGUAGAUAAAAACCUCAAUGGUUCUGUAUAUACCGAUCCAAUGAAUGUUGAAAUAAAGCAGGAAGUUGUUACCGAUGAUGAGUAUCCUGCUAACGGACCAGAGAACCCGUACGUUGAGACUGAACUAGCCAAUUUGGAUAUUAAAAUUGAACCCGAAGAGUUUGUGGAACCUCCGCCUCUGAAUAUCACUAUAAAUGGCACAAUAUCACUAGAUCCUUUAAAUUCUGAGAACAGGGAACUUAUUAAUGGAACACAAUUAGCACAGGAAUCAACUCAAUUUAUAGAAAUGCCAGUGAAACAGGAGCCGGCUAGUGAAGGCGAGCAAGAGUUUGAGCUGCCGCCGGACUUGCCGCUCGAGUGCAUGCUCUGCGCCAAGCCAUUCCACAGUGUCAGUGGACUUAAGGCGCACGUGAUAGCCCAUCAUUCCUACAAGUCUGUGAAAAGGAAAUCGGAUGGCAGUGUCUCGCCGGAGAAGAAACGGUUUGAUAAAUACAGAUGUGGCAUUUGUCAUACAGGUUUCUCAACUUCUACAGAUCUGAUGGUACAUGAGACCUGCCACAAUAAGUACGCAUGUUACGCCUGCUCGAGGAAGUUCGACUCGUUCCCACUGCUUACUCGCCAUCGCAAGCGGUGUAAAGCUACCGUCUCCAACUCUGUACAGAAGCUUAAAACUUUAGAAGAUGUUAAAAGACCAGCAGUAGAAGACAUAUUGAAAGACUUUGAUGACGCAGAGACGAUAGAUGAACUAGAAGCUGAAGUAGACCCACCAUUAUCCACAGAAAGCCAAGAGAACUCACAAGAACAAAACAACACAAUAGACACCUCACUAGAAAAUACAGAAGUAGGACAGGACAAAUUAACAGAAGGACAGGACAAAUUAACAGAAGGACAAAAUGAACAGGACACAGAAGAACAACCAGAAGCAAUAAAUGAAGAUGUUGAAAUGAAGGACUUGGAUAGCAAUACAGAAGUAUCUAAUGAAAAAAUACAAGAAGAUAGUGAACCAAAAAGUCAAGUUGAAGACUUAAGAGAAUCUGAGCUAAGUGAAAUAGUAGGUCAUGUGAACGACGCAAGUGAUGUCAAUGUAGACAGUGAUAAAAAUAUCAAUCAUAGUGAAAGUUGUGUAAUAUUAGAUGUUAAAAGCAAAGUUGAUGAAGACUCGGACAAUAUGAAACUCCAUUUAGAAAUACAUUCGGCCAAUAAAGAGACUGAACCAGCAGUGAAUGAUGUUGAUAUACCUGUAGGAACUAUGGAAAAUGAUGAUUGUACUUAGACAUUGCCCAUCUCAAAUUGUCGGUAAGAUUUAACUUACUAUGAUGCAAGUACUAUGAACUAAUCACAUUUGUGACCCACCUAUUGAUUGUAUUUAAAAUCUUUCAAUGUUGUUGGUGGCCUAAAUUCCUUUAGUUCAGCUGCAGAUGAAUUGAGUGAUUACUGAUGAUAUAAAAUUCUGUGAUUGAAGUCUAGCAGUGGUUCAUUAUCAUUACUAACUUUUUAACGAGCAAAAUAUGUUGUUUAAUCAAGAAUAUGGUGUGUAAGAAGGUUGUGAAACGUCGAUCCUAUUGGAGUAUCACACCUCUGCCUUUAAAAGGUUCAAUCUCUUCCCCAAAAUGCAAGUAACGCAUUUGCCUUUGAUGUUGUGAGAGUCCAUGGGCGGUGCUGAUUGCUUAUCAUCAGGUGAUCCAGCUGCACGUAUUAUCGAAAAUUCGUCUAAUAUCUCAGAGGGGCUUAAUACAACUUUGUUUUACGUUUAACGAGAUCGAAACAAGAGCGCGUUAGGCGCACUGAUAAGUUGAUUGACUCGUACCGGCCAAUCAGACCGCCGAACGCCGUUUCCAUUCGUUUUCGUUCAACGUAAAGCAAACUCGUACUAAGGGUACUGGUUUAUCUCUGUGCCAGAACCAGUUCAAUGAUUCAGGCUUUAAAGUAAUUUUCGGAUUCAUUCAAAUAAAUAGGUAGUUAGGUUUUCGAAUUGUUGAUUCUGCGGAAUAUGUCGCAAUAUUUAUCCGUGCGAUUGAUUCGCUCGCUAGACAACCGAUUAAUUCUUUACAGAUCAAAACUGUUCUUACAAUAAAAUCUUUAACAUUAUCUAAGCAAGUCGUCCCAAUCUCAAGUUCUGAUGUAUAAAGCAGCAAGUCACGAUGUGACCUUAAUAUUUUAAUUUAAUAUCCGAACAACAUUUUAAUCACAUUUAUUGUUUGCGAUACCAUAUGAUACUUGUCAUUAUUAUAAUUAUAUUUAAACUUUUUUACUCUGAUAUGAAGUCAUUAUUAUAAGAAAGUAGAGAAAAAGAGGUGAAUAGAGAGAAAUUGUAUAAAGCAUUGAUUUAAAUUUCUCCAAAUAAAUAAAAGGCAAUAAAUAUGAUUACAUAGGUAUCAUUUAUUGUUAUUGGUCGAUUUAUAAUGUAUUUCUAAAUUCAUCACUGUAAGAGCUGUAUAAAAUAUAAGUCAAUAUAAUUCGUAUUUGCAAACUGUCUCUAUUUGCCGCGUUUUACAAGUAACCUAUAAUAUACUUGGCCUAAUUUCGACUAUGCAAUUAACUAUGCACUGAUUUAUUUAUUAUAAUGAUUUGCUUGUACAAUCGACAAAUUGGAAUGAUGGCCCGCCAUGAGCUAAUUUUCUUACAGAAAUUGAGGCGAUGUAAUAAGUGUGUUCAGAGGCUUUAGUACGAGUUUGUUUUUCGUUUAACAAGAUCGAACCGAGAGCGCGUGGAUGGCGCCCUGAUUGGUUGGUUAAUUCGAGCCGGCCAAUCGGAACGCACCGAAUGUGCUUUCGUUUCGAUUUCGUUAAACGUAAAGCAAACUACGCAAACAACUACUAAGGGUGCAAAUCUAAUGACUGUAUCGCUCGUUGCCACGUAGCUUUGAAACUGGACGUUUCAUAACAAUUUAUAAUGGAAAUGGGUCAUGGUUCAAAUCUGUCGUUUGUACAUUUAUUAAGAAACCAUUGUUUCUGUUAUACCCUGUACAAGUGUACACUGUAUAGUCAUUGUUCAUUCUCCUUGAGAUAAGUAUGUACAUCUUGUCACACUCGGUUCCAAUGUAAAUAUUUUGUGAAACUUUAAAAGUUAUGUGAUGUAUGAAUAAUGUUUCCUGUAAAAUAUAUUGUUGCAUUUCGCAAAAUA